UGGCAUUGAUCGUGGAUGAUUUCAUCUGGGUAAGAAUUUUCACCGCACUUGUUGUACUUGUUGUAGUGUGCACCGUCAAGUAUUACUAUUCAUGGUAUACACGGGAGAAUCCAAUUCCUGGACCAUUUCCUUUACCUUUAAUAGGAAAUUUACACCAGUUGGGACUGGAUAUGGGGAAAGGAGCGCUCAAAUUACAAAAGGAGUUUGGGGACAUAAUAAUGAAUUCUCCCUUCUCAUACUUUUUUAACCCAGGAUUGGAGGAACUUCAUCUAACAGAUUCCGAUGCCGAAUUAGAUAGGAUUAUCUGUAACAGAAAACGAGAAAUCAAAAGUGCCCUUCUUGAUCAACCUAUAGAGAACAACGUAUUAGAUUUAUUAAUCGCUUUAAAUACUGAAAUGGAUACCCCUAAGAUCACUGGUAUCGAUAAUAAGAGACCGUUGACUAACAUAGAAAUUUCCAGCGCGUUAAGGGAAAUCUUUUCUGGAAUGGACACGACCCGAAACGUAAUGUGUUAUCACAUGUUUUACAUUAAUAAAUAUCCCCAAGUUAAAGAUAAAUUGAUUCAAGAAUACGAAUCGAUCUACGGGGAUCUAAACAAGAAAUUAGAUGUUACCUACGAAUCACUUGAUAAAUUAGUUUAUACCGAAGCCAACAAGAAAGAAACGACCGUGUUUACGAAUUUUACCGGCAUUCAUCAUCAUAAAGAUGAUUGGGUUGAACCCGAAAAGUUCAAUCCUGAUAAAUUUUUAAAAAAUGGUGAUCAUACGAUCGUUAAGAAUUCUAAUUUGACUUUUCGAGAGGGUAUUCGAAUUUGUCCGGGAAGGCAUUGGGCCAUGGAAAAUAUGAAAAUUUUA